AUGCUCAUCAUUGGUCUAACUGGCGGGAUCGCCUGUGGUAAAUCAAGUGUUUCAGAAAGGUUAGCUAAAAGCUACAAGAUUCCUGUUAUAGAUGCGGACAAAAUUGCUAGAGAGAUAGUGGAGCCGCAACGUAAUGCAUAUUUGAAGAUCGUGCAGUACUUUAAGGGGAAGGUUCCGGACUUGAUUCGCGAAGAUGGAUCAAUAAAUCGUCCAGCAUUGGGAAAGUGGGUCUUUGCGAAUCACUCAGAUCUCAAAGUCUUAAAUGGAAUUACACAUCCAGCCAUCCGCCUGGAGAUUUUCAAACAAAUCUUGAAGCAGUACUUGAGAGGGGAGAAGAUGUGUGUAUUGGAUGUUCCAUUACUGUUUGAAAGCGGUUUAAACCUGUUCUGUGGUGUCACUGUUAGCGUGAUUUGCGACCAGGAAACUCAGAUAAGUCGUAUUCGCUCGAGAAAUCCAGAGUUAUCACUCGAGGACGGGGAAAAUCGAAUCAAGGCUCAAAUGACACACAAAGAAAGAAUUCGGCGCUCCGAUUUUAUUAUUGAAAACAGCGAUACCCUCGAACACUUAUACGGCCAGGUGCAUGCGUUCGUGCUGAAGGUCAAACCGACAUGGACGCGUACCAUAUUAGAGUACUUCCCACCCUUUGCAUUGAUCAGCGCGCUGGCGAUAGUACUGAUAAAAUAUUUGCGGAGGAAUCAAGCGAUUUCGUAA